UUGGUUACGUGGAUUCGUAAAUUUUAGAAGGAUAAAUUUUCUUUAAAAUGAGUGAAAAUAUUUUAAAAUUUUUUAUAAAUUUGGAUCUGAGUUUAAUUUUUAAGAUUGGCUAAUUUUUAACCUUUUUUAGCAUUAAGUCACUAGAUGGUGCACUUGGUAUCUCCGACUUUUCAUUUUAAUUUGUACAGUAGCAGUUUAAAUCUCAUCACAGCGUCGCUCCCAAACUCUCUCACACUUUUUUCACAUUUCAAUAAAUUAUUUGAUUUUAAUAAAUUAUCUCAUUUUAACAGAUUAUCUCAUUUUAAUAAGUUAUUAAAUUUUAACAGAUUAUUUGAUUUUAAGAAUUUGACGUUGCUUUCAACUUUGGGAUUUUUUUCCAAUUUCUGACAUCACGACUUUUUAACUUUUUUAGCAUUUUCAGAUCUUUCCCGAGAUUCUCAAUUUUUACCCUUUGGUCCCCGCGAGUUUGGUAAUUUUAAGAUUUUUAGAAGAUAUUUUGAGGAAUUUGAGGAAUUUAAAUUUUUGUAAAAUUUGAACAAUUUGAACAAUUUGAGGAAUUUUAGAAAUUUUGAGGAAUUUCAGAAAAUUUGAAAAUUUGAAAAUUCUGUGAAUGGAAGGUGUGGAUGAGGGAAGUUUGGGUUCGAGUUUGGAGGUGAGGAACCGUGUGUUUGGUGGCGUGGUGGAGUAUUUUAUAUGUUUGAAGAAGUUUAGAGCUGCGGACGUGACGGCGCGACAGGCGCCGUCAGACCCGCUGAUGGAGCUUGUGCUUCUCUCCCCCAGGAGAUCACUCAUCUUCAUCAGGUUCUCUAUACUCUUCUCCAUCUUCAUCUCUGUCAUGCUACUCCUACCCGACCUCAUCAUCGCCAAAUUCGAUCAGUUCUCGUGCCAAAAUUGCUUCAAAAUUCUCAAUACGUGGUUGUAUGUGUAUCGCAUGGUAUUGUUAAUGCAGUUUUCAUUUCGGGUUUUAUUUUAUUGCAUCUUCUCACAGCUAACCAAUCAAGAAAAUCAAGAAAUUAUCUAUUGUACUUCGGUGAUAACUCAGGGCCGUGGCUGGUCGUAUAGUAGAAAGUUGACGAGUUUUAGUUAUUUUUGGUACGGUGCUGGUAUGAUUUUACACCGCGUGCCAAACGUUUGUAACAAGCGCUGGCUGUACGCUUUUAUAUUUUACGUUCUCUCCGCUAACGUACUGAGAUUUGCCUUCACUGUCGUGUUGUAUUAUUACACUUUCCCGCCCAGCCAUGGCACUGCCAGGAAAAUCACAGGCUACACCAGCAUCGUUUUACCCAAAAUCAGUUACAAAAACGCACUACACCUCAAGUCAACGUGCUGCGGCAUCUGCCUAGACGAUUUCGCAGCGGAAGAUAUGCUCAGAGUCCUCCACUGCUCACACGGAUUCCACACCAAAUGCAUCGAUCUCUGGCUUUCCAGAAGCGUCGUGUGCCCACUCUGCAUGAAGACACUUAUUUAAUCUUUACCUAGUUUCACAUAUAAUUUUAUCUCACUUUUUUCA